AUGUUGGAGGGUCUUGUCGCCGGGUUGCUUAACCGCUUCCUCGGCAUGUACGUCAAGAACUUUGACCCAACGCAGCUCAAGGUCGGCAUCUGGUCUGGCGAUGUCAAGCUCCGCAACCUCGAGCUGCGCCGCGAGGCCCUCGACCAGCUCAAGCUGCCCAUCAACGUCAUGGAGGGCCACCUCGGCGAGCUGACCCUCGUCAUCCCCUGGUCCAACCUUCGCGGCGCCCCCGUCAAGGUCUUCAUCGAGGACGUCUACCUGCUCGCGAGCCCCAAGGAAGAGGCCGAGUACGACCAAGACGAAGAGGAGCGCCGGAAGCAGCGCCUCAAGAUGGAGAAGCUCGACAGCGCCGAGCUGCUCAAGGAGCGCAACCGCGAAGGCAUGAGCCAGGAGGAGCAGCAAAAGAACCAAAGCUUCACCCAGAGCCUCGUCACCAAGAUUGUCGACAACCUCCAGGUCACCGUCAAGAACAUCCACAUCCGCUACGAGGACUCCAUAUCGGCCCCCGGGCACCCGUUCGCCCUCGGCUUCACGCUCGAGGAGUUUAGCGCCGUCAGCACCGACGGUCAGUGGAAGCCGACCUUUAUCCAGGACAGCAGCAACGUCACGCACAAGCUGGCGACACUGGGUGCGCUCGCCGUAUACUGGAACACCGACUCAGACCUGUUUGGCACCGGCCGCGAGGCAGAGUCUCCGGACGCGGAGCCCAUGGAGCACCAAGAGAUGGUGGAAAAGUUCCGCAGCAUGGUCGGCAAGGCCAACGCCGCCACCUCGCACCACCAGUUCAUCCUGAGGCCCGUCAGCGGCCAGGCCAAGAUUGAGCUCGACAAGUCGGGCGACAUUCACGUGCCCAAGUUCAAGGCCAAUCUUCUGUUCGAGGAGAUUGGCCUCGUGCUCGACGACGACCAGUAUCGCGAUGCCCUUAUGAUGGUGGAUCUCUUCCACUACUUUAUCCGGCACCAAGAGUACAAGGGCCUCCAGCCAAAGGGGGUCCGGCCCAAGGAGGACCCGAGAGCCUGGUUCCGGUUCGCCGGCAACGCGGUGCUGGGAAAGAUACACGAGCGGAACCGCAAGUGGUCGUGGGAUUACUUUCGCGAGCGACGAGACGACCGGAACCGGUACAUUGAGCUGUUUAAAAAGAAGAAGCAACAGCAGAGCCUCUCGCCUCAAGAAAACGAAGACCUCGGCAACCUGGAGUGGAAGCUCGACUACGAGGAUCUGCGGUUCUGGCGCUCCCUGGCCCGCAACCAGCUAAAGAAGGAGAACGCGGCGGCCCUGAAGAAGCAGUCUGCGCAGCCAGAGCAACAGGGAUGGCUUUCGUGGAUGUGGGGUUCCAAGCCGCAGGGCAAGAUUGAAGAAAACGAAGAAAACACGCAGAUGACCGAGGAGCAGCGCAAGGAGCUGUACGACAUGAUUGACUGGGACGAAAAGACGGCGUUGGCUGAGGCGGUCGACGUCCCGCGGGAGGCGGUCAAGCUGUGCAUCGAGACGUCCCUGAGCACCGGAAGCUUUACGCUGAGGCAGAGCCCGCACGGAGACGCUCGCGAUCUACUGAGCUUGCAUUUCGACGUCUUCAAGGCCAAGGCGCUUCAAAGAAAGGACUCGCUGCUGGCCAACGUCAGCCUCGGAGGGCUGCGCGUCAACGAUGGCACGACCCCCGACAGUCUGUACCCCGAGAUUGUCCGUGUCAAGGACGCGCCGUCGACGAAGCAGCGCAAGCGACUGUCGCUGAUGGAGCUGGAAAAGGACGACAACGAGCCCUUCUUCCAGUUCGAGGUAGAAAAGAACCCGAUCGAGCGCGAAGGCGACAUCGCCGUCGUCGGCAAGCUCAAGCCGCUCGAGGUGGUGUGGAACCCCAACUUUGUCGUCGGCAUUGUCGACUUUUUCAGACCGCCCGAGCGGCACAUGGAAUCGAUCACGGCCCUCAUGGAGACGGCUGGCGCGACUGUCGAGGGCAUCCGCGAGCAGACGAGGGCCGGGCUGGAGUUUGCGCUGGAGGAGCACAAGACGAUCAAUGCCGAGCUUGAUCUGCAGGCCCCCCUGAUCAUUGUGCCGGUCAGCAUUACGACCAAGGAAUCGACCUGCCUGAUUGUCGACGCUGGUCAUAUUCACGUCAACAGCCAGCUGGUCGACCAUGAUACCAUGAAGGAGAUUCAGUCCAAGCAACGCCAGUCCUACAGCGAGGAGGACUUCAAGAGGCUCGAGUCGGUCAUGUACGACAAGUUCAUCGUCAAGCUCACGUCGACCCAGGUCCUCAUCGGCCCGUCCAUCCAAGAGACCAAGCAGCAGCUUGACCGCACCACGGGCGGCUCGCAGCUCCACGUGGUCGAGCAGAUCAAUGUCGACUUUGUGGUGGAGACGUCGAUCCUGCCAAAGGCACCCAACCUGACCAAGUUCAAGGUCUCUGGGCAUCUACCAAUGCUCCAUGCGACCGUAUCAGACUCCAAAUACAAGAACCUGAUGAGGAUCAUUGACGUGGCCAUCCCGAAGCUCUCAAAGCAGGACCAGCUGGAGAUCGCGGUCCAAGAGCAGUCGAAGCAGCCGCAGCGCCCUCGGCCCGUGAGCAGCGCAUCGAAUAGGUCUCGCAGAAAGUCACAGCGCGAGCGUCGGCAGUCGACCGCUUUCCCAUUUAUGCAGCCGCAGACUGCCGUCAUCCUCGACGACAUGGACGAGGACGAGGACGACUUCGAGGACGCCACGGACGGCGUGGACCCGCAGCACCUCAAGAUUCACCAGCGCAGCUUCGAGUUCAACUUCAAGGUCGACACGCUCAAGGGCUCGCUUUAUCGGAGCGACCCGGACAAGAAGAAGCCGGACACGCUGCUGGUUGAGCUGGUCGCCGAAAGAUUCGACCUGGCCUUUUACACGCGGCCCUUUGACAUGGCCGCCGAAGUGUCUCUCGGCUCCGUGACGGUGGAGGACUUUGUCGACAAUCCUCCGGACGAGUUCAAGUCCAUCGUGUCAUCUGGAGACAGGGAUGAUAGGCAGGCCGGCCGCAGCCUGGUCCACGUCAAGUUUAUGAAGGUGAAUCGACAGUCGCCCGAGUUCAUGCCCGUCUACGAAGGCGUGGAGACCAACAUUACCGCGGCGGUCUCGACCAUCAACCUCAUCGUGACAAGGAAGACGCUUCUUACGCUGCUAGACUUUAUCCUCAUCACUUUUACGGGCGGCAACAAUGGCCAAGAGCAGACUCAGGAGGCUCUCCCCGAGAUAGAGGUCGAAGAGGAUGAGAGUGAGGACGACGCUCUCGACGUUGCAAGGCAAAACGCCAAUGCGGGGUCCAUCAGAGUCAAGGUGGACCUCAAGAGCAUCCGGCUCAUUCUCAACAACGACGGCAUCAGGCUCGCCACACUUUCGUUCAAUCAGGCUGAUGCGGGCAUCUUCCUGCGCGGAAAGACUAUGCGCAUCUCGGCCAGGCUCGGGGACCUUUCCCUCGUUGACGACGUGAACCUAGGCGUGUCCGAGGAGUCGAACCUGCGGAAGCUGGUCACGAUUCAGGGCGACGACCUGGCCGACUUUCGUUACGAGACGUUUGAUCCGUCGAACCAAAAGGCGUACCCCGGGUAUGACAGCUCAGUCUUUCUCCGCGCCGGCUCGGUCAAGAUCAACUUUGUCGAAGAGCCGUUCCGCAAGAUCAUUGACUUUCUGGUCAAGUUUGGCAAGAUGCAAGCCCUGUACAAUGCCGCGCGACAGGCCGCCGUCAGUCGAGCGAACCAGAUACAGCAAAGCCCCAGCCGGUUCAAGUUUGACGUCAUCGUCAAGACCCCUAUUGUCGUCUUUCCGCGCCUCAUGAUUCCCGGCCGCCCGAAGCGCGACCUGGUCACGGCCUACCUGGGUGAAAUUUACGCCCAGAACAAGUUUGCUCCCCUGGACGACAGCAAAGACGCCGAGAUUGCCAUGAAGAUUUCCGCUGGAAUAAGAAACAUCCGACUGACAUCGGAUCUGCACUACGAAGGGGAUAGGUCGGAGGAGCUGGAGAUGAUUGAUCAUGUCGAUCUCGGGUUCAAUGUCACCUACGCGGAGCACAAGCCCGGUGUGAAGCGUCCAGAUACCGAGAUCGAGGGCUCGCUCUCCGACAUCAAGCUCCGGCUGACGCAGCAUCAACUCAAGUUUUUGAUGGAGAUCUCCAAGUCUGUCCCCGCCGCGUUCGCCGGAGAGGGCGGCGACACGGACGAAGAGGCUGCCCGGCUCGUCGACGAAGACACUCUGCAGCGAGCCAGGACCUUGCCGCCGAGUGACGCCGCAGACCAGCACCUCGUCGACCUCUCACCAGAACUCGGCACGGUCGAAAACACGUGGACCAAGCUUGAUCUUGUGUUCCAGGCGGGCUCCGUGGGCCUGGAGCUCAUCAUGGCCAACGAGGACGAGCCGGUCGGUGACCUAGCCGCGUCGAGUCUCUCGCGCUUCUCGCUCGACGGAACCAAGGUGAAGACACGGAUGCUCUCUGAUGGAUCGCUCGAGGCCGAGCUCCUCAUCCAUUCCUUUACGAUCCAAGACAGCCGCCCGCGAGAGUCCAACAAGUUCCGUCGCAUCAUGACUUCAUCCAACAAGGAAGCACAGCAGCUGAUGGCAAGCGUCACAAUGUCUGGCGGUGCGGAGCGUAGCAUCAUUGCAAUGGCCACCAUCGACAGCCCCCGCGUCAUAUUCGCAUUGGACUAUCUCUUUGCGCUGCAAAAGUAUGCGACGGAAGGAUUGGCCGUCGACGAAUCGAGUCCGAUGGACGACGAGAGUCUGCUCGAGUCUCCGGACGAAUCGGACGCAGACUCGAUGCAGGUGACUUAUACCGGCGCAAGGUCAGGACGGGCCAAGUCCCAGGCCUCUCGGCAGCGGACUGAUGCACAGGACAUUGCCCCGCAGGAGGGCGGCCCGACCACGAGCGUUGCAUUCCGCGUCAACCUCGUGGACGCUCAGGUCAUCCUGAUCGCCAACCCGCUGAGCGCCAGCUCCGAGGCGAUUGUGUUGAACAUUCGCCAGGUCCUCCUCUCUCAGCAGCACGCCCUCACGUUCCAAAUCUCCGAAGUUGGCAUGUUCCUGUGCCGCAUGGACAAGCAGGAGACGUCGCGGCUGAGAAUCAUCGACGACUUUUCCAUCCAGAUGAACAUGGACACGUCGCAGCCAUCUCUGACGAAUAUUCACAUCGAGGUGCAGCCCCUGAUUCUGCGGUUGUCCCUCAGAGACAUUCUUCUCGUCCUCCAGAUCGUCAGCAGAGCGAGCGAGCUGUCUGGCAUAGAGUCCAACGAGCCCGGCGAGACGCCAGCGGAACAAAAGGCCAGGCAGCUGCGUAACGCAAGCAUCAAGAACAAGUCCCUCAGUGGCCGUGGCCAUUCCACCAUAGCCAAGACCAAGGGCACGCGGACGAUUGCCACCAAGAACCCUCAGAUACCAGUCCAGAGCCAGCCGUCGGCUCUUGCCAGGCACGAAGAGCUCACCGCCACGAUAGAGGGCGUGCGAGUCGUUCUGAUUGGCGACCUGCACGAGCUGCCCAUCCUCGACAUUGGCGUCAAGGACUUUACCGCCACCGCGGAGAACUGGUCCUCUAAUCUCAAGGCCGAGGCUGCCAUCGAGUUGUACUCUAAUGUGUACAAUUUCUCCAAGUCGAGCUGGGAGCCGCUUGUGGAACCCUGGCAGGUCGGGUUCGGCGUCGCCAAGGAGCCUGUGUCGGGUCUCUUGUCCGUCGACGUGGCAUCGAAGAAGACGUUUGACAUAACCAUCACUACCGCGACGAUUGCGCUCGCGUCCAAGUCGCUCGACUUUUUGACCACAGAGCAAGACGUUCUCGACAAGCCACGCGGUGUCGAGGCGCCGUACCGGAUCAGAAACUACACGGGCUUUGGAGUGGUACUUCAUUCCAAGAGCCCCACGAGCGAGGAGCCGCUGUCUUUGACUCUCGAGGACGGGCAGGACGCCCCGUGGAGCUUCGAGCACUGGGAGAAGAUGCGAGAGAACCUCCUCACCGAGUCUAGCCAAAACGACGUAACCCUCAGGUUGGAGGGCAGCGGGUUCGACCCUGUCAAGAACGUGCGAAUCAACCGCGAGGGCGAGUUUCUGUACAACCUCCGGCCAAAGACGGACAACGUCUCGCAUCGAAUCUGCGUCGAAGUGAGCCUCGGCGCCGACAAUGUCAAGAAUGUCACGCUGCGGUCACCGCUGUUGGUCGAAAACGCCACGCAGAUCCCAGUCGAACUGGGCGUUUACGACGCUCAAGAAGGCCACUUGCUCAAGAUUGAAAAGAUUGCACCGGGCGACGCGCGCCCCGCACCCGUCGGCGCCGUAUACGAGAAGCGUGCGCUCGUGAGGCCCGACAGUGGCUUCGGCUACCAAUGGAGCCGAGACCAGCUUUGGUGGAGAGACUUGCUCAAGCGGCCGACGAAGCAGCUGGUGUGCCAGGGCGAGAACGGCGACCCGUUUUAUUUUCAGGUCCACGCUGAAUACGACAAGUCGAACCCCAUGUCCAAGGUCUAUCCGUAUAUGAAGAUUAAGCUAUCCGCACCCAUCACCCUCGAGAACUUGUUGCCGUACGACUUCAAGUAUAGGAUAUACGACAAAAACACCAAGAAAGACUGGUCCAACUUCUUGCGCAAGGGUGGCGUCAGCCCCGUCCACGUCGUCGAGCUCUCUCACCUGCUCCUGUUGAGCAUCGACAUGCAAGACACCGUGUUCAAGGCCAGCGACUUUUCCAUCAUCAAUUCUGGUAGUGCCGAGGACUUUCGCAAGGAGGGUCGCAUCAUCGUCAAGGACGAUCAGGGUCUGCCGCUGAACCUGGGGCUGCACUACUUCAAGAUCCCCAACAGCGGAGGCGCCUUCAAGGUCACCGUCUACAGUCCCUACGUCGUAUUAAACAAGACCGGGCUCGACUUACGGAUCCGCGGAAAGAGCUUCCUGCAGCAGGCCAAGCCGGCAGCUGGUCAGUUCCCGCUCGUGGACACGUCAGACCAGGACCGGCCCAAGGCGCUUCCGUUCAUGUUCUCGUACGGCAACGACGACAACCGCAACCGCGCGCUCCUCAAGGUCGACGAAUCGGAGUGGAGCAAGCCUCAGAGCUUCGACGCCAUCGGCAGCACGUCCGAGGUCAUCCUCCCGUCGUCCUCGAAGCAAAAGGAGAUCCAUAUCGGAAUCACGGUUAACGCCGGAGAGGGCAAGUACAAGAUGACAAAGGUCGUGACGCUCGCUCCUCGCUUCGUGCUCGAGAACAAGCUGGGCGAGGAGGUGUUUGUCCGAGAGUCUAGUUCAUCCGGCUACAUGACCCUCAAGUCCGGCGCCCUCCAGCCCCUCCACUUUAUGCAAAAGUCGCCGGUCAAGCAGCUUUGCCUCUGCUAUCCCGGCGUCGACAACCACUGGACCUCGCCGUUCAACAUUGCCGACAUUGGAACGACGCAUGUCAAGAUUGCAAAGGCGGGCCAGCGGCAGCGGCUCGUCAGAGUCGAGAUCCUGCUCGAAGACUCGACCAUCUUCCUCCACCUGAGCAUGGAGACGAAGAACUGGCCGUUUUCCAUGCGCAACGAGAGCGACACCGAGUUCACCUUUUUCCAGGCCAACCCCAACGUCGAGGACGACGAUGUCGAGGACCGCAGCGGGUGGAAGCCUAUCCGAUAUCGCCUGCCCCCGCGAAGCAUCAUGCCCUACGCCUGGGACUUUCCUGCGGCCAAGUUCCGAGAGAUUGUGAUCGCGACGAACCACAAGGAGCGACACGUCAAGUUGGCGGAGAUUGGCAACCAGAUACCGAUGAAGUUUGUGACGCCGGACGGGCAUCAAAAGAUUAUCGACAUCAACGUCGCCGCCGACGGGCCAACGCAAACCCUUAUCCUCAGCAACUUCCGCGCGAGCCGCAGCAUGUACAAGCCCAAGGCCUUGUCCCGGACCAACACGGGCCCGGAGGCGUUUGAGGUCAAGGACCAGGACACGGGCGCGACGUUCCGCGCGCAGCUUAAGCUGUCUGGCGUGGGCAUCUCGCUGAUCAACGCGCAGCUGAAGGAGCUCGCUUACGUGACCUUUAGGGACGUGCAGUUCCGCUACAGCGACUCGCCGCUGAUUCAGACGGUGUCGCUCGCCGUCAAGUGGAUGCAGAUCGACAACCAGCUCUACGGCGGCAUCUUCCCCAUGAUCCUGUACCCGAGCGUCGUCCCCAAGAAAGCCAACGAGGUCGACGCCCAUCCCUCGCUGCACGCAAUGGUGAGCCGGGUCAAGGACGACUCGUACGGCGUGCUGUACAUCAAGUACGCCACGAUCCUGCUGCAGCAGAUGACGGUGGACCUGGACGAGGAUUUCGUCUUUGCCCUCCUGGACUUUUCCAACGUCCCUGGGGCCAGCUGGACCGCGGUGGACGAAGAGGGCAAGCUGUGCGAUGCGGACCUGGACAUUCCCGAGCCGUCUCAGCAGCAGUCGGGCCAGGACAUUUACUUUGAGGUGCUCAACAUCCAGCCGAUGCAGCUCGACCUGAGCUUCAUGCGGACCGAGCGCGUCAACGCCGAGGACAAGACGACGACGAGAAACCCCGUCAUGUUCUUCUUGAACGUCAUGACGAUGGCCAUCGGAAACGUCAACGACGCCCCGAUCCGCUUCAACGCCCUGCUGCUGGACAACGUACGGGUGUCGACGCCCGUGCUCAUACAAAACAUUUCCAACCACUACAGCCAGGAGGUCAUGUACCAGAUUCACAAGAUUCUGGGGUCGGCUGAUUUCCUCGGCAACCCCGUGGGCCUGUUCAACAACAUCUCCUCUGGCGUGACGGACAUCUUUUACGAGCCGUACCAGGGUCUGAUCCUCUCGGACAAGCCAGAGGAGUUUGGCCUGGGCAUCGCCAAGGGCGCGGCAUCGUUUGCAAAGAAGACGGUGUUUGGCUUCAGCGACAGCUUCUCCAAGUUCACCGGCAGCCUGAGCAAGGGCCUGGCGGCCGCAUCGCUCGACAAGCAGUUCCAGGACAGGCGACGCAUCACGAGGGCUCGCAACCGCCCCAAGCACGCGCUCUACGGCGUCGCCGCGGGAGCCAACUCGUUCUUCACGAGCGUCGCGUCGGGCGUCGGCGGCCUGGCACGGAAGCCGCUCGAGGGUGCCGAGCAGGAGGGCGCGCUGGGCUUCUUCAAGGGCGUCGGCAAGGGCGUGCUCGGCCUCGCGACCAAGCCGGCCGUCGGCGUGCUGGACAUGGCGAGCAACGUCAGCGAGGGCAUCCGCAACACGACGACGGUGUUUGACGGGUUCGAGCUGGACCGCACGCGCUACCCGAGGUUCAUCUCCAACGACGGCAUCGUGCGGCCGUACAACCCGCGCGAGGCGCUGGGGCAGUACUGGCUGAAGCAGGUCGACAACGGCAAGUACUUUAACGAGCAGUACAUUGGCCACCUCGAGCUACCAAAGGAGGACAUGGUCGUCAUGAUUACGUUUGCCCGGAUCCUGCUCAUCAGGUCGAGGCGCCUGACGAGCGAGUGGGACAUUCCGCUCAAGGACCUGCAGACCAUCGCCAAGGAGCGCACCGGAGUGAGCCUGGUGCUCAGGGGCGGGGCCAACGGGCCCUUCAUCCCAAUCGGGGGCGGCAGCGAGAGGGCUUUCCUGUACAAGAUGAUUGGGGUCGCGGUGGAAGAGUUUAACCGGCGGUUUAGGGGCGGGGAGUAG